CACAAAAUUUGUCACUUUAUCUUUCCGAUUUGUCUUGUUCGCAUAUUCACAAUAAGACCUUAUUAAUAUAUUUUUCUCUUAAGUUUUAGACAAUACUGUUUAAUUGUGAGUACAGUGAUACCAGAUUAAUACUAACAAAAUGGCAGCAACUACAAAUGAAUCCACAGAAGAGCGACGUCGUCGGGUGUUGCUGGGUCCACUGCCAGCAGGUUUCCUCAGAGCGGAUGCCCCUGCCGACACUGUGGACGCAGAUUAUCAAGCUGCGUUAGCUCUGCAGCAGCAGUUAUGUGGAGCUACGAUGCCGCCGGCCGGCCCGCCUCUCACAGCUCGCUUGAGUGUCACUAUCGCGCAAGCGAAACUCGUCAAGAAUUAUGGCCUUACCCGCAUGGACCCGUACGUCCGUCUGCGCGUGGGCCACUGUAUAUACGAAACGCAAACGGACCCCAGCGGAGGGAAAACGCCGAAAUGGAACAAAAUGAUACAUUGCCUCUUGCCUCCAGGUGUAAAUUCCAUCUACUUAGAGAUCUACGACGAAUGCUCGUUCACGAUGGACGAACUGAUCGCCUGGACGCACAUCACAAUACCGGCUGCUGUUUUGAAUGGCGAAACUCAUGAAGACUGGUAUCCCCUGAACGGGAAGCAGGGCGACGGUGUCGAAGGAAUGAUCAAUCUCGUACUCAGCUAUUCGGUGGGCCCAGCAUCAGUGGCCACGUUCCCACCGGUGCUGGUGGUGCCGAGCACGGGUAUGGGUUACGCGGCGAUGCCGAUGUACCCCGCACCCUACCCCCACCCGCAGCAGCAGCAGCAGCAGCAACAGCAGGUACAGGAGCAGCAAAUCACUGAGGAGCAGCUGGUGCAGAUCCACGAGAUGUUCCCAAGCAUCGACAAGGACGUCAUCAAGUCGGUCGCGGAAGCGAACCGCGGGAACAAGGAGUCGACCAUCAACUCGCUGCUGCAAAUGUCGGAGUAGACGUUAUGAGAUGUAAGCUGUCUGACGUCUAGUUAAAUGGGAAGUUUAUCAUCAUCAUCAUCAUCAUCAUCAUCACCAUCAUCACCAUCAUCACAUUCACACAAUCGCCUAAACGGUCUUUGAAAAAUGUCCGAACGGCGUUGAUACGUAUACGUUAUAAAAAAUAUAUUCAGGUUCAGUCAAAUUGACACCUUAUUCCGUAACAGUAAUGUUCAAAGUCGCUUGUAUAGGCUGACUAGAAAAAAUAUCAUGAUUUAAUUUUCUUUGUUUCUGAUCAUCGUAGAUUGCUCCAAUGAUUUCUUUUUUUCUAUCUAUUUCCAACUUGAGCUCAAAGGUUUUAUAAUUAAUAAAAAUGGAUAAUCUAGUCUUCAUUUGAGGUUUUAUUUCGGCCAUGUGUAUUUUUUUAAUUCUUGAAAUGAAAUUUCCCGCCGAGAUAUAUAUUAUUAUUGUUCAAAUUUCCAUGUAACUAGACGUUAGACACGCACUAUGGUGCACAUUGAAGUUUAUAUAUGCUAAGUGUAUCGGCUGCCUUAAGCUGUUUAUAAAGCGGAGACUCAAGUUACCUUCUUAUUUCUGUAAUAAAAAAUAAAACAAAAUUUUCUUUUAUUUAAAUUUUUGUAAGGAGUUAUUAUCAUGUAAGAAGUUGAUCUUAAACGGAUUACAAAAGUGUAUGGAAAAAGUGAUAAGACAAUUUUUCUUUAAUAAAAAUUUUAUAAGUUACUGUUUUCCGUGGUUCCUGUUUCUCCGCUUUGAAAUAGCUCAUUUUCACAAUAGAUAGACGUUAAAGCUGAUUUUAUUGUAUAAAUCUGCUAAAAAUCAUUUAAAUAUAAGACCAUUCAAACAAUUAUCCCAUUAUACUUUAGAACUGCACAGAUUGCUUAUUUAGACAUUCCGAGGUGUCAACUAUGCAUUUGGUAGAAAUCUUCGCUUAAAAUAAAUGUUUUCUGCAUUGUUUAAUCAUAUAUAAAUUUCCUCAGAAAUUAUGCACUUAUAAGUUAUUUUAUGUGUAAAUAUUUUUAUUUUAUCACAAUUUCGACUAUUGCUAGAAUAGCUAUAAACUUAUAAUUAAAAAACAAUAUAAAAAUCAUAAUUUUUGCUAAUUCUUAUUGAAGUGCUCAUAUCACUCUUAAAUUUUCUACUUAAAUAGCUAUCGGAUUUCAAAUAGAGAUAAAAUUAUUGGAUGCAGAUUAGAAGUAAAAAAAUUAUUACUCUGAUUACAUAACUGCCACCUAGGCUAUUAUGUAGUCUAUUAUUUUAUUUAAAUAUAUAGAAAGCUGUUUGUCAUAGAUUACGAUAAAAUAAAUUACAUUAACUAUGUGAUAUUAUUUCAUCGAUAUCUGAUAGAUUUCACGCAAUACACAAAUUGUAAUCUUGCACUAUGUCUUAUAAAAUCGAAAAUUUACAAACAACAUUUACUGUCCUUUUUAAAUGUAACAAUCGAAAAGGCGAAUUAGUCUAGUGUUAUUUGCAAAUUCAGCCAAAUAUCGCACUUAUCUACACGGAGAUAAAGCUUGUUUUACUAUAAUAUAGUUUAUCACGGCACAUGACUAC